AUGCUUGCGCCGAACCAGAGCGUCCUUCCCCGAUCCCGGCUGUCCCGCGGCCCAGCGCUUGCAACGGCGGUGGCUCAGCGGCCCAGCAGCGCCGCCAGCCCCGUCCCCUCGAUUGCCACCGGCAAAGUCCAGCAGCUCCGACGUCGAGACUCGAGCGUCGACGAUUACGAGGAGCCGCGAGGAGCAGUAGCUACAAAAGAGUCUCCCACGGCACUGCCACGGAACAGAGCUAUCCUGGCUACUACCACCACCACUAAUAAUUAUACAACCACCACCAUCUCUGUCACUACGGCGAGUAUCGGCAACGGCGGCGUGGCGGCACCAGCAGCAACAGGGCAGGCAGCGCCAGCGGGGGACGACCAUCAGCACCUGCACCACCACCACCAGCCAACACCACGCCAACAACAGCCUGAAGUUGUGGUCGUCGUACCGAGCUCGCUCACGCAACAGCAGCUGCAGCAGCGCACUCAGCUCCAGUUGCCCCUUCAAAAUCAGGCGUCGCCCCUCCUUCCGCAGCAGCAAAACAGCGACCACCACCACCACCACCACUACCAAGCUGUCGCCCCUGCCUCCACUGCCAACAACAACCACAACGCCGUUGCUGCCGCGAAACAACAAGCCCGCCAGUCCAGCCCGCCGCGGGACGGCGGCGCUGAAACUGGCACCAACUGGGGCCGCCACGGCUCCGGCCGGCACAGGGACCGGGCCUUCUCCAUGAGGAGCCUCCACCGGCGAGUGUCUCAUCCGUGA